AUGGAGUCGUUGCAUGACACCAUUAGAUCCGGUGACGGAUUACUGUCAGUGGCCUCCAAAGUUAACGGAAGACAUCCUCUGGAGACCAGGCUACAAAACUGGGAGGAGACACAGCAAAACGCCAGAUUGGAGCAGUAUAGAAGACUUUUUGGAGCGGCCGAUCCAAUAAGGAGGACGAUGGAUUUGGAAAUUGUGAGCCAAACUGACUUCAAACCGGCUGUUUUGGGCGGUCCCGCCAACGUGCAUCUGGAUAUACUGAAGAACAAGGACUCCUCGAUUGAUUGGGAAGAUAUUUACAAGGGCGAUCCAAGCAGUGCUCCAGACUUGCACACAGAGGUGGAAAGGAGAGUUGGAUUGUAG